GGUGCGUAGGUUCAGACGUCUGGAUACGCUCAGUGCGCCCUAACUUUGGAUAAACUUUUUUACGCAUCUCCAAGGAACCAGGGACUUUUUAGUUGUCUUGCAAGGGAUUGUCAGAUUUCGUUCUGAUAAUGCUAUUAGAGGAGUUGAAGUAAACUUUCCCUGAUCUGCGGGAAUCAUUCUCUCCAUUCAGAGGAUAUUGUUGCAUUGGAACAGCGCGCUGCGCAGGAUAAAAUAACUCUUUAGGAUUACUUUGGGACACUACAGAAGUGUGGAAAGAGCCGUAACUGGGUUUCCCAUUGUGUUUUCUUCGCACAUUUGCUGGAAUACAAUGCUUUAGUGAAACGUCCAACAUCGGCGAAGUUGAUGCAUCGUAGGCAUGGACUCUGUCUGAGAAAGGUGGACUGGCUAACUGACCAUGGCGCUCACAGGUAGGAGCUUAAACCGGUUUCAUUUGAUUUUACUGAUGUUAUGGACUCUGUCACAGGACUCAGCAUCCAGCCAAGUCCGUCAAGAGUUUCAGGUUUUGGAGGAGCAGCCUAUCGGCACCUACGUGGGCACAAUAGAGACUAAGCCCAGCUUCACGUACCGCUUCAGCGAGAGCCAUAAACUUUUUGCAAUUAACGGCACCACGGGAGUCAUUUACACCUCGUCAGUGAUUGACAGAGAGAUUUUGCAAAGUAAUGUAAUCAAUGUCGUGGUGCUGUCCAGCCAACCCACCUACCCCACAGAGGUCAGGAUAGUAGUUCUGGAUAUUAAUGAUAACUCCCCAGUGUUUCCAGAUGCAUCAAUCGUCGUAUCGUUUAAGGAGGACGCCAGCAGCGGCAGACAAGUGAUCCUGGACACCGCCACUGAUUCGGACAUUGGAAGUAACGGCGUUGAUCACACCACAUACAGAAUAGUGAAAGGCAACGAGCAGAGGAAAUUCCGCUUGGAUAUUACAGUCAAUCCUAGUGGAGAGGGGGCAUUCUUGCACCUUGUUUCAACUGGAGGCUUGGACAGGGAAGUUUCUCCUUUCUACCAGCUCCUGAUUGAAGUGGAGGACAAAGGAGACCCGAAAAAGUUUGGCUACCUGCAAGUGAACGUCACUAUUCAAGACAUAAAUGACAACCCCCCUGUGUUUGAGCAAGAUCAGUAUCAAACCAGCGUUUUUGAGGAUGCAGUAGUAGGUUCUAGUAUUUUGCAGAUUACAGCAUCAGAUCAGGAUGAGGGAGCCAAUGCUGAAAUCAGGUACUUUUUAGAUGAGGGGACACCUUUCCAAAUUGACCCUAAAGCAGGUACUAUUACUAUAAAAGAAGGUUUGGAUUAUGAAAGUAAGAAAGAAUACUCUCUGACGAUUCACGCAGUGGACAACGGGGUGCCUUCUCUGUCAGGCAGAACAGAAGCAACAAUAAAACUUUUAGAUGUGAAUGACAAUGACCCCGUGGUGAAGUUUAGGUAUUUUCCCACUACUUCUAAAUUUGCCUCUGUUGAUGAAAAUGCACAGAUUGGCACAGUUGUAGCUUUGCUUACUGUUUCCGAUUCAGACUCCCCUACAGCUAAUGGUAACAUAUCUGUUUCAAUCCUAGGAGGCAACGAGCAGAGACACUUUGAAGUGCACACCUCUCCUGUGCCCAAUUUAAGUCUGAUCAAAGUGGCUAGUGUGUUGGACAGGGAGAGAAUUUCCUCAUACAACCUGACUGUGUCUGUGUCAGACAAUGGCAAACCUAUGGCUCGGUCCUCCUUUGCCAGUCUGGUUAUUUUUGUGAAUGAUAUCAAUGAUCACCCACCCAUAUUCCAGGAAACAUUGUACAGAGUAGAUAUCAGUGAAGAUAUACCAGUAGGGAGCUACAUUAAAGGGGUUUCUGCAACAGAUGGUGACUCUGGGCAGAAUGCCAACCUGCGCUACUCUCUGGUGUCUGGAAAUGCUUUGGGGUGGUUCUCCAUCAGUGAAAACAGUGGCCUGGUUACCAGUGCUGCUUUGCUGGAUAGGGAAAUAGCAUCUGAAAUUGUGCUCAACAUUAGUGCCAAAGACCAGGGGCUGCAGCCCAGGAUUUCUUACACUAAACUGAUAGUCAACAUCACUGAUGUGAACGACCAAGUGCCCACAUUUACACAGAGUACAUAUCAUGUUUCCCUGGUGGAGCACGCUCCUGCUGGCACUGAGCUGGUGGUGCUGUCUGCCUCAGAUGACGACCUUGGGGCUAAUGGAACUAUCCGGUUCUCAUUUGAUGCAGAGACUCCAGCCGGCAUCCAGGAGCUGUUUCGCCUGGAUGCUUUGUCAGGGCGAUUAAGCACAGCCAGGGAGCUGGACAGGGAGGAUCAGGCCUCCUAUUUACUCCACGUUCAGGCAGCAGACUCAGGUAGCCCUCCUUUACACUCUGUAGGAAAAGUCAACAUCACCCUGCGGGAUAUCAAUGACAAUAGGCCGGUGUUUUACCCUGUGCAGUAUUUUGCCAAUGUGAAAGAGAACGAGCCCUCAGGUUCUUAUGUAACAACCGUUUCGGCCACAGACCCCGAUUUGGGUCGAAAUGGCACAGUCAAAUAUAUAAUUACAGCUGGGGAUGCUUCCAAAUUCCGCAUUAAUAGCAACACUGGGAAAAUUACCACCCUUGUGUCCCUGGACCGAGAGGAGAAAACCGCUUACCAGCUCCAGGUGACAGCAGCAGAUGGUGGAGGCCUGCGCUCUCACACGCAAGCCAUUGUGACUUUAACAGUCAUAGACACACAGGAUAACCCACCGGUCUUCAGCCAGAAGGUUUACAGCUUUGUCAUGUUUGAAAAUGCUGCCACUGGCACAGUUAUAGGAACAGUGUCAGCCAGCACUGUAGAUCUGAACACAAAUAUUUCAUAUCUGAUCACCUCAGGGGACCACAGGGGACUUUUUGCUCUGAGCAGUGCAGGUCAGAUCACAGCAUCAAGCCAGAUAGACAGAGAGGAGCAGGGUUUUUAUCAGCUGAAAGUUGUAGCCAGAGCUGGAGAAAUCACAGGAGAGGCCUUUGUCAACAUCACUGUGAAGGAUUUAAAUGAUAAUGCUCCUCAUUUUAUUCAUGCUGUGGAGCAUGUGAGUGCAGUGGAAAACUGGAGCACAGGUCAUGUCAUAUUCCAGGCCAAAGCCUCAGAUCCUGAUGAAGGCACAAAUGGCAUGGUGGUCUACAACCUCAAACAAAACCCCAAAGGCCUGUUUCACAUUCAUGAGAAGCAUGGCCUCAUCACACUAACUGGGCCGCUGGAGGUCACGACAAGUUCCUUUGAGGUUGAGGUCAUUGCAUCAGACAUGGGGGUCCCCCAGCACACCUGCAGCCUCAUCCUCAUCGUCAGCGUUUAUGACGUCAAUGACAACUCACCAGUGUUUGACCAGCUCUCAUACGAGGUCGUCAUCCUCGAGUCUGAGCCCAUCAACAGCCGCUUUUUCAAAGUGGAGGCCACAGACAAAGACUCUGGUCUUAAUGGGGAGAUUAUGUAUGACAUCGCUGGGGGCAACACUGGAGAUGUGUUUGGUAUUUUUCCAGAUGGGCAGCUGUAUAUCAAAGCAGAGCUGGACAGAGAGAUACAAGACAGAUACAACUUAGUGGUUGUAGCCAAAGACAGGGCUGUGGAGCCGCUAAGUGCCACUGUUAACGUCAGUGUCAUUCUGGAUGAUGUAAAUGACAACCGUCCCCUCUUUAACAGCACAAAUUAUGUGUUUUAUUUUGAGGAGGAGCAGAACAGGGGGUCGCUGGUUGGGCAAGUUUUUGCCGACGAUAAGGACUUUGGCCCAAACAGUGAGGUUAGAUAUAUAUUUGAUACUCCACAGCCCAACUUUGAGCUGAACACCAUCACAGGGGAAUUGACCAGCACACUGCAGUUGGACCGGGAGUCACUCAUGAGACAAAGAGGCGCCGCUGUGUUCAGCUUUGUAGUAAUCUCAUCAGACCAAGGUCUCCCCAAACCCCUCAGAGACCAGGCCAAAGUCCAGGUUUACAUUCAAGACAUCAACGACAACCCACCUAAAUUCACCAAAGACAUUUACCAGGCCUCCAUCUUUGAGUCGGCUCAAAACAUGACACAACUGAUGCGGGUCUCUGCCUCAGAUGUGGAUGAGAACAAAAAUGGACUGGUUCAUUAUCGCAUCUCUGAGGGCAAUGAAGAAGGACAGUUCACUAUUGACAGCAACUCUGGACAGGUCACUUUAGUUGGAAAGCUGGACUAUGAGUCCACAUCCUCCUAUUCCCUGAAAAUUAUAGCUGUUGAUGCUGGAGCUGUGCCCUUGUCCUCUUCUUGUAUGCUUAGUAUUAGCAUCCUGGAUGAGAAUGACAACUCACCCUCCUUCCCUAAAUCCUCGCUGUCUGUGGAUGUGGUGGAAAACAUGAGGAUAGGGGAGCUGGUGGCCUCUGUGACUGCCACUGAUGCAGAUUCAGGUCAAAAUGCAGACAUAACGUACAGCAUCACAGCCACAAACAACCAUGGCACUUUCAGCAUCAGUCCCAACACUGGCAGCAUCUUUCUGGUUAAGAAGCUGGAUUUUGAGACUCAGUCACUUUACAAACUCAACAUCACUGCUAAGGACAAUGGCAGACCACCCCGCUUCUCCUCCAUUCCUGUGGUUAUUUAUGUCAGGGACUUUAAUGACAAUCCUCCCAUAUUUACCCCUGGUGACAUUUUCAAAUCCAUCCCUGAAAAUCUUCCUAUCUCAGCCUCAGUCAUGACAAUUACAGCUCAUGACACAGAUGCAGACAUUAACGGGCAGCUGGAGUACUCCAUUGUUCAGCAGAUUCCCAGAGGAAGCCACUUCAGCAUUGACCCGAGCACCGGGCUAAUAUACACCAACAAGGAAAUCGACAGGGAGUUUUCCAAUCUCUUCGAGCUGACAAUCAAAGCUAUAGACCAGGCAGUUCCGGUUGAAUUCCGCCGCUUUGCCCUGAAAAACGUCACAGUAUGGGUCACAGAUCAGAAUGAUAAUGUUCCCACUUUUGUGUCUCAAAACGCACUUGUGGCUGAACCAAACAUUGUCAUUGGCUCCAUCCUGACCACUGUGGUGGCCUUUGACCCUGACGAGGGGGCAAACGGGGAAGUGGAGUAUGAGCUUGUGGAAGGGGACUCGGGCACGUUCAUCAUGGAUCGCUAUAGCGGGGAUAUUCGUCUGGCUUCCCAGCUGUUACCAUCCCGACUAAUGUAUGCCCUCACAGUGUCAGCCACUGACCACGGCAAUGACCGCAAGACCUCCAGAACUGAGCUGACCAUCAUCCUCCAAGGGGUGGAUGGCCCUGUUUUCUCCCAGCCCAAAUACAUAACCAUCCUCAAAGAGGGACUACCUCCGGGCACAAAUGUCAUCUCCCUGGAUGCCUCGAGCCCACGGGGCUCUGCGACCAAAGUGGAGUACUUCAUCGUGGCAGUUCGCUGUGGCGGGAAAGCCGUGGGGCGCCUUUUCACCAUCGGCCGCCACACUGGAGUGAUACAGACAGCUGCAGAGCUGGACAGAGAACAAGGCUCUGACCUCUACCUGGUGGAUGUGUAUGCCAUUGAGACAGAUGCCAGCCAGCCCAGAACACAGCGCGCUGAGGUGGAGAUCACGCUGCAGGAUGUCAAUGACAACCCACCUGUUUUCCCUAAUGAUAUUCUUGAUGUGACCAUUGAGGAGAAUGUUGGCAAUGGCUUCAAGAUAAUGCAGCUAACAGCCACGGACGCAGACGAGGGCCCCAAUGCUCUUGUGACAUACACCAUCAUCAGUGGGGCUGAUGACAGUUUUCGGAUUGACCCCGAAUCUGGUGAUCUGAUCGCCACCAAGAAACUGGACCGGGAACGCCGUUCAAAAUAUUCCCUUCUGGUUCGUGCAGAUGAUGGAAAACAGUCGUCAGACAUGAGGCUGAACAUCACCGUCAAGGACGUCAAUGACCACACGCCCAAGUUCUCCCGGCUAUCAUACUCAUUUGAGAUCCCUGAAGACACAACAUCAGGCUCCAUUGUGGCGGCGAUCCUGGCCAGCGACUCUGACUCAGGCGUGAAUGGUGAGGUCACCUACUCACUGGAGGAAGACAAGGAUGAGACAUUCCUCCUAAAUCCUGUGACAGGGGUUUUCAACGUAACGCGUCCACUGGACUACGAGACUCAGCAGUUCUAUAUUCUGACAGCAAAAGCUCAGGAUGGUGGGGGGCAGGCCAGCACAGUCAGAGUGUAUUUCAACGUCCUGGACGUGAACGACAACCCACCCAUUUUUAACAGCACCGUGUACAGCACAUCUGUCUCUGAGAGUCUGCCACCUGGGUCCCAUAUUGUCACUGUCGGAGCCAGUGAUGCUGAUGAUGGCCCAAAUGCUCAGCUCCUCUACAAAAUUGCAUCAGGUGAUCCCCAGGGCCACUUUGUCAUCACCAAGGAAGGAGACCUCCAAACCAAGAACGCCCUGGACAGAGAAACCCAGUCCUUCUACAACCUGGUGAUCACCGUCAACGACCUGGCUCCACCUCCCAUGCCCCGCUUCACCAGCACUGCCCAGGUGUCAAUUAUUCUCCUGGAUGUCAACGACUGCGCGCCGACCUUCACCUCCCAGAGGAUGACUUACAUCCAGGAGAACACGCCAGUGGACACGGUGGUGUUUACUGCCCAGGCCACAGACGCUGACAGCGGCCCCAACAGUUACGUUGAGUACUCCCUCAGAGGACCUUAUGGUAAUAAGUUCAGCAUUGGUACAAUUGAUGGAGACGUCACGUUGGUCGGGGAACUCGACCGAGAGGAGCUGUCCAACUAUACACUCACAGUUGUGGCUACAGACAAAGGAGAACCACCUCUGUCUUCAACCAUGGAUGUGACCAUGAUGGUACUGGACGUCAACGACAACACACCAAGCUUCUCCCAGAACAUCUACGACAUCGAGAUCGAGGAGAACACCUUGACGGGGACUGAUGUCAUCCAGGUGUUUGCCAGUGAUGCUGACGAGGGUACCAACGGACAGAUCCGAUUUUCUAUCUCAGGAGGCAACACUAACUCUGAUUUCAGGAUUGAUUCGGUCACAGGGAUGAUUUCAGUGGCCAAGCAGCUGGACCGUGAGGCGCGUUCAUCCUAUUCACUGGUGGUACAAGCCGCCGACCGUGGCAGCAGCCCCAGGGUGGACCGUGCAACAGUCAAUAUUGUGUUGCUGGACUUCAAUGACUGCUCACCUGUAUUUGAGCUCUCUCCUUACACUGUCAAUGUUCAGGAGAACCUGGAGAACCUACCAAAAAGCAUUCUGCAGGUUGUUGCCAGAGAUGACGACCAAGGUACCAACAGUCAGCUGAGCUACAUGCUCACCAGUGGGAACGACGAGGCCGUGUUCAGUCUGUCGUCCAGUGGUCAGCUGAGCCUGACCCAGACUCUGGACCGCGAGGCUCAGGGGAAAUACAUCCUGCUGAUCACAGCCACCGACUCAGGGUCUCCACCUCUGAGUGGAACUGGGACUGUAACGGUUUUGGUGGAUGAUGUCAAUGAUAAUGUCCCAGUUUUCUCCUCUUCCACCUUCCACACCACCAUCAUGGAGGACGCCCCGACCGGGACAGAUGUGCUACUGGUCAACAGCUCAGAUGCAGAUGUGGGCAUCAAUGGUGUUGUAAGCUACAGCUUGACUGGAGGACAUGGCCGCUUCUCUAUCAAUCCGGCUACAGGACAGAUCAUCACCAGCUCCCUGCUCGACCGAGAAGACAGGGACAAUUUCCAGCUGCUGGUUGUGGCAACAGAUGGAGGUCAACCUGAGGGCUUGUCCAGCUCCGCCACCGUGUCUGUGACUGUGGCCGACAUCAACGAUAACCCUCCACGUUUCCACCACCACCCCUAUGUCACCCACAUCCCUGCCUCUACUGGAGCAGGGUCCCUGGUUUUCGCUGUUACUGUCACUGACGAGGACUCGGGUUCCAACGCCCAGCUGCACUACUCCUUAAUGGGGCGAAACUCUGAGAAAUUCAAGAUCGACCCAGUCAGAGGUGCCAUCACGGCCAAUGAGAAACUAACUGGAAGCUCAGAAGUUACCCUCACUGUUCGAGUAAAAGACAGCGGUGCUAACCCCAAAACAGACAUGACCACUGUGACUGUCCGCUUUGUUACUGGAGGAAACUUCCCUGUCAUCAAGCUGAAGGAGCAUGCAUUCACGUUCCCUGAGAGCCAGCCGACAAACCACAUCGUUACAACAGUGACUGGGUCUUCUAUGAGGGGUGGACCUCUGUCAUAUUAUAUCGCCAGUGGCAACCUUGAUAAUGCCUUUCAUAUUGACCAGUUAUCUGGCGAACUGUCAAUCAGACACCCACUGGAUUAUGAACACAUUCAGAAAUAUGUUCUCUGGAUUGAAGCCAGAGAUCAGGGCUUCCCACCUUAUUCUUCUUAUGAAAAAGUGGAGUUAACUGUGCUGGAUGUGAAUGACAAUCACCCAGUGUUUGAUAAGGAUCCCUUCCAUGCUGAGAUACUAGAGAAUCUUUCACCUCAGCGGGUGCUGAUGGUCUCUGCUGUCGACCUAGACAGUGGCCCUAAUGGACAGCUGGAAUAUGCUAUCAUUGACGGCAAUAAGGAGAACAGCUUCAGCAUCAAUCGAGCAACUGGUGAAAUACGGACCACCAGGCCACUGGACCGAGAGAAAGUGUCUCAGUAUACUUUGAAAAUCAAAGCCACUGACCGGGGGUUGCCACCCAAAAACACAGCAGUCAAAGUGCUAAUCAAUGUACUGGAUGUGAAUGAUAAUGCCCCCAGGUUUUCUAAGAUCUUUAGUGCCACAGUGGCUGAAAAUGCCCCAGUGGGCUACACUGUCACCAGAGUCACCACCACAGAUGAGGAUGCUGGUUCAAAUGCCAUUAGCCGAUAUUCACUUACAGAUACCAGUCUUCCAUUCAAUAUUAAUCCAAGCACAGGAGACAUAACAAUAAGUCGGCUACUCAACAGAGAAGACACAGAUCAUUACAUUAUCAAAGUGUCUGCCCACGACUCUGGUUGGACAGUUAGUACAGAUGUUACCGUAUUUAUAACAGAUAUUAACGACAACGCCCCCAGAUUUAGUCGUCCUUCCUACUAUCUGGACUACCCUGAGCUCACAGAGGUGGGCUCGCUGGUGACACAGGUGUCUGCCACAGACCCUGACGAGGGUUUCAAUGGCAAAAUAUUUUAUUUCAUUCGGUCCCAGUCAGAGUAUUUCAGAAUUAAUGCCAGCUCUGGAGAAAUAUUUGUGAAGCAGCAGUUAAAAUAUCAGAACUCAACAAGUGCUAGUAGUAUAAAUGUAAAUCGCCACAGCUUCAUUGUCACGGCCUCGGACCGGGCAGUCAAGCCUUUGAUGAGUGAGACGACAGUAAUUGUGAACAUUGUAGACAGUAACGAUAAUCCUCCAGAGUUUGACUCACCUAGUUACUUUACUCCUGUCACAAAAAGUGUCAAAGUUGGCACCAGACUGAUCAGGGUUGUAGCUCAUGACAAAAAAGACUUUGGCCUUAAUUCAGAGGUUGAGUACCUAAUAACAGGUGGAAACAGCUCGAAUAAAUUCAGACUUGAUAAAACAAGUGGAUGGAUUUCUGUUGCCUCCUCCCUUACAUCUGAUAUGAAUAAAAAUUUCCUCACUGACAUCACAGCAAGUGACAGAGGAAAUCCUCCUUUGUCAGCACGAACAUCAGUGCGAAUUGCAGUCACUGAGGAAAACCACCACACCCCUGAGUUCUCACAGAGCCAAAUCUCAGCUACUGUACCUGAAAGCCUUGCUGUGGGUACAGCAAUAAGGACCCUGUCUGCAAGAGACAAAGAUAAAGAAAUGAAUGGCCUUAUCACAUACAGUAUCACGUCAGGCAACGACAAAGGUCUGUUUGCACUUAAUAGUAAAACUGGGGUGUUAUCCCUAGCUCACCCUCUGGACUUUGAAGAGAAGCAACAACAUGAGCUUAGAGCUUCAGCCACUGAUGGUGGUUGGAUUGCAAAAACAAGCUAUGUCACCAUAACAAUACAUGUAACUGAUGUGAAUGACAACCCUCCUGUGUUUGAUCCUGACGAGUACUUCCCCAUUGUACAGGAGAACGUUCCCAGUGGCACCACUGUGGUCAAGUUGAGCGCCAGAGACCGUGAUUCAGGAGCUAAUGCAGUCAUGGCUUAUGUGAUUCAGUCAUCAGACAGUGACCUCUUUGUUAUUGACCCAAACACGGGCACCGUCACCACCCAGGGCUUUUUGGACUACGAGGCUAAGCAGGUGUACCAUUUAACAGUGAAGGCCUUCAAUGUCCCAGAUGAGGAUCGCUGCAGCUUCGCCAAUGUUAACAUUCAGCUAAAGGGAGCCAAUGAAUACGUUCCUCGCUUUGUCUCCAAACAGUACUACUUUGAAGUCUCUGAAGCUGCUCCAAAAGGUACAGUGGUUGGGGAAGUGUUUGCCAGUGAUCGAGACCAAGGAGAUGAUGGAGUGGUUCACUACCUUAUUUUUGGGAAGAGCAGAAACAAAGGCUUUGGCAUUAACAGAAACACGGGUCAGAUUUAUGUCAUAGGUACUCUAGACCGUGAGAAAGAGGAAAAGAUUUCACUGAAGGUGUUGGCAAAGAACGCAGGAAGCAUCCAUGGGGCAGAUAUUGAUGAGGUAUUUGUGAAUAUCACAGUUCUUGACGCUAACGAUCCUCCAGUUUUUACCCAAGAGCUGUAUGACGUGCAGGUCAGUGAAGGUCUCCCAACAGGUGGUCUUGUUACCUUUGUUAGUGCUGAGGACUCAGACUCUGUCCCGAGCUGGAGCAGAUUUUCUUACUCCAUUGCUCCUGAGUUUAAUAGAAAUGUUUUCACUAUCAACCCAAAAACUGGCCAAGUGUCUGUGGCUGCGGAGCUAGACAGAGAAACAACUCCUGUGUAUAAUCUGACUGUUCUUGCUGUGGAUACUGGCACACCUCCUGCAACCGGAAGCACAACUGUGAUUGUGAAUCUGGAAGAUAUCAACGAUAACGGUCCAACUUUGACAACCACCUAUGCUGAGGUAAUGGAGAACCAGAGAGCUGGCACUGCAGUUACAACACUGACAGCCUCCGACCCAGAUUUACCACCCAACCAAGGCCCUUUCUUAUACAGCCUCCUCAGUUCUGGCUCUGCUAACAGCUACUUCAGCCUGAGUCCAGCUGGAGUGUUAACCACCAGUCGGGAGAUCGACAGAGAACAGAUUAGCGACUUCUAUCUCUCUGUUGUGAUUAAGGACUCAGGUGUGCCUCAGAUGUCCUCCACAGGAACAAUCCACAUCAAAAUAAAUGAUCAGAAUGACAAUCCUUCAGAGCCAAGGUCCAUGGAAAUCUUUGUUCAUUACUUUGGGAACAUGUUUUCCGGAGGUUCUUUGGGAGAUGUCAAACCCCAAGACCCUGACAUUCAGGACAGGUUCCACUGCUCCCUCAUUCCUCCAUCUUCUGGUUUGUUUAGUAUCCCAACAGGAACAUGCAACCUCAACUCUAAAGCCCGCUCAACAGAUGGGACUUUUGAACUAACUAUCCGUAGCAGUGAUGGUGUCCAUGGUCCAGUCAGCAAUACAGCCAGAGUCCUCUUCCUAGGUUUCACAAAUGCCACAGUGGACAACAGCAUACUCAUCCGACUCAAUUCUCAAGGAGUCAGAAAUUUCCUUACCAACCAUUACCUCAGCUUCUUGCGCAUUGCCAACUCUCAGCUAGCAGGACUGGGCACAGGGGUGCUGCUUUAUGGAGCAUUUGAGCUCGACAAUCAGACUUUCCUGAUGGCAGCUGUGAAACGGGGCCAUGGACAAUAUGUCAACCCCAGUGGUGUGGCCACAUUCUUUCAGAGUAUCAAAGACAUUUUAUACAGACAGAGCGGGGUGCAAAUAGAUGCGGUGGACCAUGAUCCUUGUACACGAAACCCAUGCCAGAACGGAGGCAGCUGCAAGAGGCGUCUCAGUGUCGGGCCUGAUUUGAAGACAGAAGAAAGUGUCCCAGUGAUUCUUGUUUCCAACCACCCCCUGCAGCCCUACGCCUGCAGCUGUAGGCCAGGAUACACAGGAGCUCUGUGUGAGACAGACAUCAACGAGUGCCAGCCAUCACCCUGUCACAAUGGCGGCACCAGCCACAAUCUGGGCGCCCCCUGCCACAAUCUGGUGGGGGGUUUCUCCUGCACCUGUCCUGAAGGCUUCACCGGGAUGGCCUGUGAGAGGGAUAUCAACGAAUGCCUUUCCAAUCCCUGCAAGAAUGGGGCCCUGUGCCAGAACUUUCCUGGCGGCUUCAACUGCCUCUGCAAAUCCGGCUUUGCAGGCAAAAUGUGUGAUUCCAUCAUCAAUCACUGUGAUUGUAACCCUUGUUUUAAUGGCGGAUCCUGUCAGAAUCGGGUGGAUGGAUAUUACUGUCAUUGUCCAUUUGGGGUUUUCGGAAAACACUGUGAACUGAACAGCUAUGGCUUUGAGGAGCUCUCUUACAUGGAGUUUCCAUCUCUGGAUCCCAACAAUAACUACAUAUACAUCAAGUUUGCUACCCUGAAGAGCAACGCGCUGCUUAUGUACAACCACGAUAACCAGACCGGAGACAAAGCAGAGUUCCUGGCUCUGGAAAUCUUCGAGGGACGGAUGCGCUUUUCCUUCAACUUGGGAAGUGGAACUUAUAAACUGAUGACCAUGGUAAAAGUUUCUGAUGGGCAGUUCCACACGGUCAUUGCCAGGAGAGCUGGGAUGGCUGCAUCCCUCACUGUGGACCUGUGUGGUGAGGACCAGGAACCAGGCUAUUGUGCUGUGAGCAAUGUGGCAGUACACACUGACUGGAUCCUGGACGUGCAGCCGAACAGGCUCUCGGUGGGAGGCGUCAGGUCAAUAGAACCUGUCCUUCAUCGGCGUGCUCAGGUCGCCACCCACGACUUUGUGGGCUGCAUCAUGGAGUUCGCCGUCAAUGGCCGCCCGCUGGAGCCGAGUCAGGCGCUGGCAUCGCGGGGAAUCCUUGACAGAUGUCCAAGACUAGAAGGAGCCUGCACCGCCAGCCCCUGCAGACAUGGGGGCACCUGUUUGGACCACUGGUCUUGGCAGCAGUGCCAGUGUGUGGAUGGCUUCACAGGCAAUUUCUGUGAGAAAUACAUGACAGCAGACACUGCCCUGUCCCUGGAUGGUACCGGCCGCCUGGACUACUCCUUGAAGCAGGGCCCUAAACGUGACGUCCUGCUGAGACAGUUACUUCAGGGUGUGACCUCUGACCCUGUCAGGCCCAGCAGCUUGGAGGUCAAGUUUAGGACACGCAGCAAGACCGGCACUUUGCUGCAUGUGCAAGAGAGCAGCAACUACACUACUGUGAAGCUGAGGAAUGGAAACAUCCAUUACAUCUCAGAUGCGGGUGUCGGGGGCAAGGUGGAGCGGACUGUGGGUGACGUGGUGCUGUCAGACGGCCAGUGGCACACGCUGCAGCUGGUCAAGAACAGCUCCGCCACUGUGCUCCAGGUGAACGGCGGCCACUCCAGGGUCAUCCAGCAUGCUACACAGGACUUCGGUGGUCUCAGUGUUUUAACCUUUUCCCUGGGAGGGAUCCCACCUGGACCUGCGCAGCAGAAAACUGCAGCAGGUUUUGAUGGCUGCUUGGCCUAUGUGAAGUACAACGGGGAGAACCUGCCAUUUACUGGUGAGCACAGCCUUGUCAGCUUAACUAAAACCAGCUCGUCUGUCCAGAUUGGCUGCAGAGGUCCUAACUUGUGUGAGAGCAACCCAUGCUGGGAGGGACUAAUGUGCGUCAACCAGUGGUUCACGUACCAGUGUGUCCCGCCUGGUGACUGUGCUUCAAAUCCCUGCCAGAACCAAGGCAGCUGUGUACCAGACCCACUCUCAGGUUUCACCUGUGUCUGCUCUGAGGCCUACACAGGAAAGACUUGUGAGACCUUGGUGGCCUGUUUGGGUGUCCAGUGUCCUCAGGGCACUGUCUGCAAAACAGCCAACAAUGGUGGGUUUGUCUGCAGUCCCAGCCCCACAACAGAGAUAAUGGUCCUCCCCAUCUGGGCAGUGCCUGCUAUUGUUGGCAGUUGUGCCACUGUCCUUGCCUUAGUGGUUCUUAGCCUGAUCCUUUGCAACCACUGCAAGGACCGCAACAAGACCAAAGUGCCAAAGGAGCCCAAGGAGAAAAAACCCAAGGAAAAGAAGAAGAAGAAAAAGAAGAAGGGCAGUGAGAAUGUUGCAUUUGAUGACCCAGAUAAUAUCCCGCCAUAUGGAGAUGACAUGACGGUGCGGAAACAACCAGAAGGGAACCCCAAACCGGACAUCAUUGAGAGGGAGAACCCUUAUCUUAUUUACGAUGAAACAGACAUUCCCCACAACAAUGAGACCGUCCCCAGCGCUCCCUGUGCCCCCUGCAAUGGCCCAGAGGCAGACAUUGAACACUAUGACAUAGACAACGCCAGCAGUAUUGCUCCUUCAGAUGCAGACAUCAUCCAGCACUACAAGCAGUUCCGCAGCCACACGCCCAAGUUCUCCAUCCAGAGACACAGCCCACUGGGCUUCGCCAGACAGUCCCCUCUACCCCUCGGCGCAACAAGCUACACCUACCAGCCUCAGUACACCCAAGCACUGAGGUCCACCCCACUCAGCCACUCCCACUCAGCCUGCCCCACACCAAACCCUCUCUCCAGACACUCUCCAGCCCCGUUCACCAAGCCCUCUUCAUUCUACCGAAACACUCCAACCAGAGAACUCAACCUGGCUCGCCGUGAGGGCAGCCCACUGGACCUCCACAAUGACAUGUGCCAGCCUCCACCCAUGUUCAACUAUGCCACUCGCCUGGGAAGGCGCAGCAAGAGUCCACAAACCAUGGUCAGCCAUGGCCACACCGCACGGCCUGGCAGUCGGUUGAAGCAGCCGAUUGAGCAGAUCCCCCUAGAGACAGGACCUCCUGUGGGGUUGUCCAUUGAGGAAGUGGAGCGGCUGAACACUCCACGGCCACGUAACCCCAGUAUCUGCAGCGCUGACCACGGGCGCUCCAGCUCAGAGGAGGACUGCCGCAGGCCGCUGUCAAGGGUCCGCAACCCCGCUGAUGGCAUCCCGGCACCAGAGUCGUCUUCAGAAAGUGACUCGCAUGACUCCUUCACUUGCUCGGAGAUGGAGUAUGACCGGGACAAGCCGGUGUCUUACAGCUCCCGGGUCCCUAAGCUCUCUCAAGUCAACGAAUCAGACGCUGACGACGAGGACUACAAUGGGAGGCUCAAGCAGAGGCGGUACUCAAGUCGGAGGGCAGAAGGAGGGCCUGGUGUUGCCCAAAUACCUCCUACUGAUCAGCACUACACCCUGCCCCACAAACUGGGCCAGCAAGCCGGGGGCUUCAACUGGGACAAUCUGUUGAACUGGGGCCCCGGCUUUGGACAUUAUGUAGAUGUGUUCAAGGACUUAGCUUUGCUUCCGGAGAACGCGGCAGCAAAAGACAUUGAAAUGAACAGUGGCGAUGGCUCAGUGACCAUUCUAAACGAAGGGGAAGCUGAGCAAUAUGUAUGAGACUAUUUAUUAUGAUGUUGUAGAUUAUGGUGAUGUUCUCCAUUUUUAAAAAGAGGAAGUUUGUAUAUUUUGUCAUUGGACUUCAUGUUCUUUACAUUAUGCAGAAGACGACUUUCAAUGUAGUAAGGCAGAAAAAUGGCACCUGUGACAACACAGAUUUUGCCAUUAGCUACCUUGGAACAGUUUACCAGUCUUUUCUCGGUCCUAACUCAAAUGUACAACUGUGCAUUCAUCUCUUUGAGAUCACAUUACAACAUUGACAUAUCCAUUGACAGAGAAUGGUUCAACAAAGAAAAAGAAAUCCAUGUCUGAAUUCAAUUUAGUGACUGCAAAGCUUUGUUCAUAUUAUCUUGAUAAAAUAUUUCUGUUCUUUAUUACCAGUAUUGAGUCUCUUUUCUCAAAGGUUCUGUCGCAUUCGCAGCUGAGAGAUAAGAUGGUCGAUAAUAUUAAAGCUCACAGGAAGAGAGUCUCUUUUUAGGGGUCAAUUUUUCAUGUACUUAAAAGGAAGCAUGUGUGUUUGAUCUGAGUGCACCUAUAGCUGACAGGACACAACCCUCCUUGUGAAAGUAAGUGUGCCACUUUACUCGCACGGUAUUGUAGACCCCACCGAUGUUAUGAACCCCUUUCAGUCUGGCUGCCUUUGCCCUGGUAUGUUUUCUCACAAAAGACUGGCUAAACGCUCCACGAGUGAGGAUUAAUCAAGUCUCCUGCCUUACAAACAUUUGAGGAUUUCAGUACAGGGGAGGACUUUUCCUGGUUUUCUGGCCUAAGUUCAGUAGGAGAGGACGGUUUGGGGGUGGAGGUGGGUAGCUAGUUUGUCACGUACUUGCAUUUUCUGACUAGCCAAGUGUUUUUCAGGCAACGAUGAUGAUGAUAAUAAUGAUGAUGUAUGGAUCCUAUAAACAUGGCCCCAACUAAAACACUAUGAACUUGUGUACAUUUUUUUAAAUUCAUGAGAAAUCACUGACUCAUUUGUUGGUGUCCUUGUCCAUUAUUUUGACAUGUAUGGUUUCUACUUUUUGUACUGUUUAUUAACUUAAAUUACUUAAGCUGUGUUUUAUGAAUAUUUUCAUACGCUGAAAUGUAUGUUCUUACUUUCGGGGAAAGUAAGAUUGAUGACUUAUUUUUUACAUUUGUUACAUAUGUAACACCAGUAUUUUCCACUUUUGAUAAAACUAUAACAUGCUGUACGCUUUGUAU